AUGGCGGUCUUACCCCCCGAGAGGACAACAUUUUCUCGUCCUUUUGAUAACACAGGUGUCGACUUCGCUGGCCCCUUCGAUAUUAAGACUUAUGCAGACCGUGGUUGUAAAGUAACAAAAGGUUACGUAAUGGUAUUCGUAUGUUUUGAGACAAAGGCUAUACAUCUCGAAGCCACCAGCGAAAUUUCUACUCAAGCGUUCUUAGCUGCGUUUAUAAACACACGUUUGCUUAGCUUGAAUGGCAUUUUAUUCCGCCAGUGCGCCACAUAUGGAGGACUCUGGGAAGCCGAAGUCAAGAGCUUCAAGAUGCAUUUAAAACGAAUCUCUCAUAGUCAGAGUUUUACAUAUGAAGAGUUCUCUACUUUAUUGGCUAGAAUUGAAUCAUGUCUAAAUUCCAGACCGCUUAGCCCUAGUAGUGAAGACCCCGCAUAUCUAUGUGCUUUAACCCCCGGACAUUUCCUUAUCGGUAGUCCAUUAUUGUCACCCCCUGAACCUAAUUUAACGGAUCACUCAUUGAGUUAUGUUAAUCGAUGGCAGAAGCUAAAGGUUCUACAUCAUCAUUUUGCUCAAAGGUGGAAAGAGGAAUACCUUGAAGAACUCCACAAACGGUUUAAGUGGAAAUACCUGCAGCGUGAUUACGCUAUCGGAGAUGUAGUCAUUAUAAGAAAAGAUAACUUACCCCCAAAUGGCGCCUUGGCCGCAUUGAAAAAGUUGUUUGCGGUAAAGAUAACCGAGUUAGAGUCGCCGAAGUACGAACUGCCAAUGGCAUCGUUAUUAGGCCUAUCCUACUACAAUGUCCAAUCAACGCCGUCGAAGUCUCUCACCAUUGGAGGAAAAACACAAAACUCACAAUCACGAAUCCUAUGA